AUGGGUGCCUUCGUCUUUGAGCUUCUGGAGAACGAUCACCACAAAAAAGUAGAAGAGGCAACGUUUCACAUGAAGGAGGAAUUUUUUUUGAACUACACCGCUCUCACCCCAGAAGAAGUGGAGUUAUUCAUACGGAAACUGGUAAAAGCUGUUCGGUCGGGAAUAGAUCCAGUAGGAACCCAUCCUCAUGAAAAACACAGCAGCUGGGAUUUCACUCAUUCUUUCUUCUUCGUGGGCACUAUGUUAUCCACAAUUGGCUACGGAAACCUCUGUCCCCAAACGAAAGAAGGUCAGCUCUUUUGUGUUAUUUUUGCUCUCUUUGGAAUCCCCUUCAACCUCCUCUGCUUGAACUAUAUUGGCUCUUCAGUCUCAGGAAUCUGCGAAAGCUGUGCAGAGAAACUGUCUGGGAAAGAAAACAAGAAAUCAGCAAGAUACGUUUUCGUGUUUGUGGGUGCGGGAAUUCUAAUGUUUCUUAUUUUGCCAUCGUUCUUCUUUCAAUGGAUGGAGGGCUGGAAUUAUAGUGAAGCUAUCUAUUUUACAUUUAUUACACUCAGCACCAUUGGUUUUGGAGACUAUCUAAUAGGGAUGAAGCAUGACAGAACCUAUUUUCCGGGCUACCAGAUGCUCGCAGCCGUUUGGAUCGUCGUUGGUCUGGCCUGGUUAGCUGUGCUGUUUGAACUGGUAUCUUCAUUCCUGGCACCUGUGGAUCCACAAGCAACCACACAAAAAACCAGCAGAGGGUAAAAAUAACACUGCCCCAAAGGAGUCAGUCUGCUACAUGUCCACUGGAGAAGAAUUUAUCAUUUCAUUCAGGUGGAGACUGACAUAAAAAUGAGUUGCACUCAAGAAUUUGAACUGAGCUUUUUAUAAUUUGAUGCCAUUGUGUCAUUCUGCUGAUUCCUUAAAAACUCACUAGUUGCUCUUUAGGUUAUGCAGUUCCUAAUAAACUGUGAAAUAGCCGGGUAUUCUGCAACCAAGAGAGGGAGGGUCUUAAUUGGAUUCUCAAAACUGGAAUGUGUGCAGAGGAGAGCAACCAAGAUGAUCAAGAUUCUGGAAACCAAGCCUUAUGAGGAGUGGUUGAAGGAGC